AUGAAUGUAUUACCUAUGGACACACUUGAAUUUCCCGCGAAAACACGCCGAAAUUUUGGAGCAGGCUCAAUGGUUGGUAUAACGGUGUGGCAGGUUGUUGGAAAUGGUUUUGAAAAAGAGGAUGUUGUCAGUAAAAACGAUGAACCAGAUGCUUUGGUACUACUAGCAGGAAUUCCAAUGGAAAGCCGUAUCCCAGCAAACAGAAGCAGGCUAGGAUAA